GGUUGGGAAAGAUGUUAGGACAGGCUGGUGGGGCGAAUCACUGAAGUAUGAUAGGGACGGGGAGGCGGGGGCAGAGAGGCACAGUACGGGGGAAGUGGGAACUGAGACUAAGGACAGAGUAACAGAAAAAAGAUAAUAUGCCCCUGGAUGGUUCAUGCAGAGAGUGAAGAGGCUUCGAAUUGAUACCGCAACAACAGAAGAGACCAGGGGCAGUGUGUGUGGUCCAGCAGGUGGGGCUCUGAUGUCGGUAGAGUUGGUAUCAGAGCAUACAGAUAAGGAGAUGGAGAGCGGCUCUGGGCCCUUCCGGGUUGAGCGUCACUCUUGGGAAGGUUUGCGGGAAAUUAUUCAUGGAAGCCGCAAGUACUCUGGGAUUAUGGUGAACAAAGCACCACAUGACUACCACUUCCAGACACGGAAAGAUGACAAUGUGAUGCACUUACACCGCCUCUACUACCUGGGAAUGCCAUAUGGUAGCCGAGAGAAUUCUCUUCUGUAUUCAGAAAUCCCUCGUAAGGUGCGUAAGGAAACAACUUUGCUGUUGUCAUGGAAACAGCUUUUGGAGCAUUUUCAGGCUACCCCUCAUCAUGGUGUCUAUUCCCGUGAGGAAGAACUGCUUCGGGAACGAAAGCGUCUUGGGGGCUUUGGUAUUACUUCCUAUGAUUUCCACAGUGAGACUGGCCUUUUCCUAUUUCCAGGAGGCAACAGCCUAUACUACUGCAGGGAUGGUGGGAGCAGUGGCUUUUCGACGUCGCCUACAAAGCCAGUGGAAAUAAGGACCCAGUGUGAAGGGCCUCGGAUGGAUCCCAAGAUCUGUCCGGGAGACCCCAAUUUUAUCUCCUUCAUCAACAACAAUGAUUUGUGGGUGGCAAAUAUUCAAAGUGGAGAGGAAAGGAGGCUGACAUAUUGCCACAAAGGCCUACGCAACAUGAUAGAUGACCCCUGUUCUGCUGGGGUUGCCACAUUUGUAAUCCAGGAGGAGUUUGAUCGCUUUACUGGGUAUUGGUGGAGUCCAGCAGCUGUGCAUGUACCUGGAGGGCUUCACUUGCUCCGUAUCUUGUAUGAGGAAGUAGAUGAGUCUCAGGUUGAAGUUAUUCAUGUUCCUUCCCCAGCCUUGGAGGAAAGGAAGACUGAUGCAUAUAGAUAUCCACGAACAGGAAGCAAGAACCCCAAAAUAUCUCUUAAACUGGCGGAAGUAACAACCAACAAAGCGGGUGAGAUUAUCACUGCUCAGGAAAAGGAGCUGGUUCUUCCAUUUCAAUCCCUCUUCCCCUCUGCGGAAUACAUUGUACGAGCAGGCUGGACCCAGGAUGGCAAAUAUGCUUGGGCCAUGCUUUUGGAUCGCACUCAGUGUCUGUUGCAGUUGGUGCUGCUCCCGCCAGAACUUUUCAUCCCAGUAAAUGAUGAUGAGGAGCUGAGGUUAGAGUUCGUUAAGGAGGUUCCUCAGGAUAUACAGCCAUAUGUAAUUUUUGAAGAGAGGAGUGACACCUGGGUUAAUGUCCACGAUAUUUUCUACCCAUUAACUCAAGAGGUGGAGGAUGAGAUUUGUUUUAUCCGCAGCAGUGAGUGUAAAACGGGAUUCUGUCACCUGUACUUGGUGACCUCUGUUUUGCAGAAAGAGCAGCGGGACUGGUCACACCUUAUUGUACCCACUACAGAUACAUUUAAAUGUGAUAUACGUGAUGAGGUGGCUUUGACCGGUGGAGACUGGGAAGUCCUAGGGCGCCAUGGAGCAAAGGUAUGGGUGAAUCAGGAGACAAAACUUGUUUAUUUCCAAGGGACGAGGGACACUCCUCUAGAGCAUCAUCUAUAUGUAACCAGUUACCAGAACCCGGGUGAGGUGGUGCGACUGACUGAGCCUGGAUACACGCACAGCUGCACCGUGAGCCAGAACUUUGACAUGUUUGUGAGUCAUUAUAGCAGUGUGUCCCGUCCCCCCUGUGUGCACCUUUACAGGAUGGAAGGAAAUCCCUUGCACCAGGUACCACAAUUCUGGGCCAGCCUAAUGGAGGCAGCAAGUUGUCCUCCAUAUUAUGUGCCCCCAGAGAUAUUCCACUUCCAGUCUUCUAAUCAAGAAAAACUGUAUGGAAUGGUAUAUAAACCUCACAAUCUGAGCCCAGGAAGCAAGCACCCAACCGUUCUAUUUGUGUAUGGCGGUCCACAGGUGCAGUUAGUAAAUAAUUCAUUUAAAGGUAUGAAAUAUUUACGUCUGAACACCCUGGCACACCUGGGAUAUGCAGUUGUUGUGAUAGAUGGCCGUGGAUCAUGUCACAGAGGGCUGUCUUUUGAGGGGGCACUUAAAAACCAAAUGGGUCAGGUGGAGAUUGAGGACCAGGUUCAAGGUUUGCAUUAUGUGUCAGAGAAGUUUGGAUUUGUGGAUCUAAAUCGAGUAGCAAUCCAUGGCUGGUCAUAUGGGGGCUUUUUGUCUCUCAUGGGGCUCAUUCAAAGGCCUGACAUAUUUAAGGUGGCUAUUGCAGGUGCCCCAGUAACAGUGUGGAUGGCUUAUGAUACGGGAUACACAGAACGUUACAUGGACACACCCGAGAAUAACCAGGCUGGGUAUGAAGCUGGAUCUGCUGCUCUACAUGUGGAUAAGCUGCCAAACGAGCCUCACCGGCUGCUGAUUCUUCAUGGAUUUCUAGAUGAAAAUGUGCACUUUUUUCACACCAAUUUCUUGGUGUCUCAGCUCAUUCGAGCUGGAAAACCUUACCAGCUGCAGAUUUACCCAAAUGAAAGGCAUAGCAUUCGCUGUCCUGAGUCUGGAGAACACUAUGAGAUUACGCUACUUCACUUCCUGCAGGAAUAUCUAUGAAACAAAGGACAUAAAGUUUAAGAGAUGCUGGAUAAUGCAGGGAAUGGGGUCUGGAAAUAAGACACUGCUGAGCACUUAGGACCCUGCUGUGCAGGAUGCCAGGACAAAACACAGCACAGAAAGGGAGGCCAAAUCCUGUAUGGUGGAAGUAGGAAGUCUAAAUGGACAAUACAAAUCUGAAUCUGAUAAAACAGAAGGCUAGUGAACCACAUGGAGUGAGACUAACACCAGUAACUGCUCCUUUUACCUGCCCCUCAUUACAGGCAGGGACUCGUGUUGUUUACUAUACCCUACCUCUGCAGAGCAUAUUAUCCUCCUCACCUCAAAACUCAUUUUGCUGCUUUCUCCUGGAAAAGUAGGAGCCUUCAGAGCGGGAGCUCUGUACAUCAAGGCAUAUGGUCAGUUCGUCCAUCUUCAGUGGCUCUCUACCAUAACAUUUUCUUUACAUGUCAAAAUAUUGUGGUGUUUCCUUUUACAAAACAGUUUAGGCCUCCACAUAUUGACUCAUAACCGUCCGCUGCACAUGUGUAGACACACAGAACCACCUCACAUUAUGCCCCCAAGUAUUUUAAUUCCUUAUUGGUAAGGAAAUAUUUUUAUUGAUUCUUAAUCUUUUGUAUCUAGUGAGUGUUAAACAACUCAUUAAAUAUUGAGAUUAAA